CCACAAUAGUAAUAAGCACCAGGCGGAAGAAGUGACUGAACGUCUCGGCGAAGGAAGCUCGUGGAGUGGUUCCAAUGGAUUUCUCUCCUCUCAGCGACGCCGUGGCCUCCAAAUCGUACCAGAAAAUCGCCUCCAUCUGCGACGACCUCAUGCUUCAGGCUGCAACGCAAGGGAUUGCUUUCCACGACGAAUGGCCCUACCCGAUUCAUCUUCUAGGGCACCUUUACGUCGACGACAUUAAUACUGCUCGAUUUUUGUGGAAGUCAAUACCUUCUUCGAUCAAGGAAACCUCGCCGGAACUGGUGGCUGUCUGGAAAAUCGGUCAGCUGUUGUGGAUGCGGGAUUAUGCAGGUGUGCAUGAGGCCAUUCGUGGGUUCAAUUGGAGCCAAGAAGUUCGAGAUCUUGUUGCUGCAUUCUCAGAUCUUUACACUAAAAAGAUGUUUGAGCUAUUGCUGUCAGCUUAUUCAACAAUUAGCAUUCAAGAUACCGCACUUUUCUUGGGAAUGAACGAGGAUGAUGCUACAAACUAUGUGCUGCAACACGGUUGGAGUGUGGACCCAGACUCCCGAAUGCUAACUGUUAAAAAGCAGCCUGUUGUGAAGGAGCAGAAAAUAGAUCCCAACAAAUUGCAGCGCCUCACGGAAUAUGUGUUCCAUCUUGAGCAUUAAUCAGAUCUUGAAGAAUCCCAUACAUGACCAGUUUACUAGAUCGCCUCCUCCUUUGUUUACGAUGGAUGGGGGUACAGGAACUCAUACUGAUAUUUGUUCCAUUUUCUUUGUUAUAUAAUCUUGAGCAUCUGCUUGUACCCCAACUUUUGGCCUGAUUCUUUUUGCGCAAACGCAGGGGGAUGUGAGAGAACGACUUGGGGGUCCUGGAAGUGAAUAUCAUGGUUGAUUGAAUUUGAUUGCUGUGUUUUUUUACCCUCCCCCCAAAAAGAGAGGGAUUACAUUUUGUUUGGUAUGAAAUUAUGCAGUUUGCAAUACUUAAGCUUCAUCGUUGGAAAGAACUUCGAUGAAAUCUUUUGCCUUUUAUUUGAAUCUAAUUGGUUUCUGGUGAAUUGGUUGGCAA